CACCAACUCAUUCUGUUGUAACUGCCGCCGCCUCGUUCACCAUAACAUUUGUCAAACAUUUACAAUUGAAUGAAGACAAAAGUAGUGAACGAGAUGUUCCCUAAAGCCCACAGCAAAGACAUCCGACGCGCCGUGCUCGGCACCUGCGUCGUGCUGGCCGCCGACGGCGGCGCCAGCGGAGGGGCGCGGCCCCGCAAGGUGACCAUCACCCUUUGCCGGCGUCGGGGGUGCUGGCGAGCCCUCAGCUCGCGGGGGGUGGCCGUCUUCGCCUUCCCGGAGGCGUCCGGCCCCACCUCCCUCACUGCCCCGCUGGACCUGGAGUACCUCUUCAGGUGCAGCGGGAAACCAGACGCCGAAGCCACGCAGGUCAAGAUCUGUGUGGCGUACCGCCGCGGUGCAACUCGCAAGGCCCGCGUUAGCCUCGAAGAGUUCCUGGAGGCGCUGCUGGAUGGAGGCCGACCUGGCAGCUUCUUCCUGUACAUCUACGAUGACAAGGUCGGUCUUCAGCUGGCCAGUCAGCAAUUCCAGGGCCUUCCCACAACAUGGCCACUGGAACAGAAGCCCGGCAAGGGAAAGAUGGCCAUGCAUACUGAUGGAAACACUGACGCCGCCUACAACGAAUGGAAGCUUUACCUGGAAAAGGUGUUUGCGGUGGAAGACGAUGAAGAGAACACCGACAACGAUGAAGACACCUACAACGAAUGGAAAGUUUACCUGGAAAAGGUGUUUGCGGUGGAAGAUUAUGUAGCGAACUCUGACGAUGACGAUGACACCUACAAUGUUGAUGACACCUGCAAUUACGAUGACACCUGCAAUGAACGGAAGGAUCUCCCAGAAAGGGUGUUUCCGGUGGAAGAUGAUGACUUUGACGAGGCAGUGCACGAGGUUGGGGAUGCCUGUGAUGUCGCUGCCGCAGAAGAGGAAGAAGCCUGUGAAGUCCCUGUUGCUGAAGAGGAAGAAGCCUCUAAUGUUCCUUCCGCAGAGGUGGAAGCCUGUGAUGUCGCUGCCGCAGAAGAGGAAGAAGCCUCUGAUGUUCCUGCCACUGAAGAGGAAGAAUCCUCUGAUGUUCCUGCCGCAGAAAAGGAGGAAGCCUCUGAGGUCCCUACCGCAGAAGAGGAAGGAGCCUGUGAUGUCUCUGCGGCAGAAGAGGAGCAAGUCUCUGAUGUUCCUGCAGCACAAGAGGAGCAAGCCCCUGAUGUUCCUGCCGCAGAAGAGGAGCAAGCCUCUGAUGUUCCUGCCGCACAAGAGGAGCAAGCCCCUGAUGUCGCUGCGACACAAGAGGAGGCACCCCAGCACGCAGAAGCCUCUCGGGGCGGUACAAGUGCCACAGACAGGGAGGUUUCCCCUCAGGGCCAGGCCCCAGCACCAGUGACCGUCACUGCCGCCCCCGCCACAGCGUCCCUCGCCUACCGCAGCCUUACCGUGCCUCAGAGAUUCAUCUCCCGCAUCGCAGGACCCAGUGACCGCCAGCUGGAGGACCUGCGGCGGAGCCACGGCGUCAGCAUCGUGCGGGUCAGGCGAACCCUGCACAUCAAGGGCGAGAGGGACGCCGUCCUGCGGUGCCACCGACACAUGCGAGACGAGAUCGCCGAGUGGCGGAGGCGCGAGGCCGCUGAGGCUGAGUAAGCGACUCACAGACUUACCUGUGACCCGUGACGGCCGCAUUAACACCGUGUUUCAUAUCUUUUCUCUUAAUCUAAAUAUUCUGUUAUCAUUA